UGUUAGGUGUUGUGAGUGGGGGUAUUUUUGUCUUUAUGUACGCAAAACUGCUGACUGGGCUUUCUUUUCUUCUUCUCCUCCCCAUCUCUAACCCCAAUUGCUGUAUUUUCUUCAUCUUCAUUUUUAUUUCAGGUUACAACAUGGUGUCAGAGCAGUUUGUCUGAACCUGAUUAAUCUGACAGCUAUAGUCCUUCUCUUCUUCCCAUUUUCUGCCUCUUGACAACUCUUAAAGUAGCAAUUUUCCUCCCCGGUUUUAGAGUUGUUAUUUAUUUAUUUAUUUUUAAAUUUUAUCCUUAUCUCAGCUGUGAACCACCUUUGUGGGUGUUGGUGGCUUGUGGUAGUUUGCUAAUGUAAACUCAUGAAUAGACAGUACCCUAAUGAGUCUCGCAGAUUGCUGCUGUUGUUCUGAUGUUUCCUAUGAGUGACGAUUCUGUUAUGAUUUUGUGACUGAUGUUGUCAUGGCUGUCUAUGCUGCCGCCAGGCUAGUUAUUGAGUGCCUGCUAUAAUGUUUAAGUGUUUUUGGUGCAUUGUUAUGGUCCGCCCUGUUCUGUGUGGUCAAAGUGUGGUUUUCUCUUAUUUGUGUGGCCAUAGCCAACUUUGACCAGAUGAAUGAGAUACUAUUUAUACCUUUGAUCCUCCUAGGAUACUGUAACUUUGAUUCCAUGAUUGUAGCUUCUUGUUGAAGUUCUGGACCUUUGAAGAUCUUGAGUGCUAUUGUGUGCUGCUUGAUUCGGCUUUGUUGUCAUAUGAUGUUCAUUCCUGAAACUGGUGUGUGCUGAUUGUAGUGUCUUGAGGAUGGUUUUUCGUUUGCAAAAUGAGUUUCACUUGAUACUAUUAAGGUAGCCUAUAGCCAUCAAAUUGAUUGGAUCUUCCAACUACUUCCUCAUUAGUGCAUGUCUAUAUUAACAAAAAAGAGAAGUCCAAGUAUAUGUUGCAUUCUCUGCAUCUCAAGAGUUUAAGGAUUAUGAAAAUUGGAUCUAAGAGUGACAUAUUGCUUGCGUGGCUGUAUAAUAAAAUGGAGCCACGAACUGCUGCAAACAAAUUUCAACCAUGUUUAGCUUCCUGAAAUCUGUGAUAGAAGUGUUGGGGGGGGGACAAGGAUGGAUUUGCAAUGGCAGUCGUGUGACAAGGAGCUCGUCAUGGAAAUUCUCACAUUUGCACACAUUAUGGCAAGGAGCCAAGGACAAUCAUAUUGAUCACUGUUGGGAUCUCCACGGAAACCUGUCUUUAAGAGGGUGAUUCUACACUUGACACUUCAAGUGCACCUAGCCACUCCAUUCGGAGUUGAGUAUCGCUUGCAAUGCUUGGCUAGACGAGAAGUAUAAGUGUAUGACAAUCUUGUUCACUCAACAACUCUAAAUUCAGUCUUCUACAUCUAGUACCACUGUGGCCUUCUUACGAACAGCUAGUCUUCUUUCUUCUUCAUCCUCCUUAUUAGUUUCGGUGCCUCCUCCCAUAUGAGGUACUCCUAUUUUAUUUCAGCCUUUGAAAUCCACUGCUUUACACCCUUAAGGUUACUCUUAAUGAUGGUUAGAUUGCACUAGUUUCUAGUUGCAGCAACAUUCUUUCGUUUCCUUCUAUUCCUCUUUCUUUUGUGUUAUAUUUGCCUAUAAUUCCCUUGAAUUUGUUAUCGGCUAGUCAUUUAAUUAAUAUCAUAACUGUCAAUAUCUUUCUUUCCUUCUCAUUGUCUUAGAAGAAGAGGAUUGGUGCAGGGCUUGAGAAAGGAUGGCCUUUCCUAUUUUGAUGGUGGUGGUGGUAGAUCCUGUUUUUGCCAAACGACUUCAUCAAUUUCUACUAAUAAUGUUUCUUAGUGGCAUAUUGGUUUAGUGUCAUCCAUCCCUUCAAAAAUUGCAAUAAGUUAUAAGCAUAGUAGUUAAAAGCGCACCUCCUAGGCGCAAGGCGCAGUGAGGCGAUGAGUCCGCCGCCUCAUACCAGGUGGGGCGAGGCGACCUGCAAGAGGUGACCCCAGGCGAGACGAGGCGCAGUGAAGCGCGAGGCGCAGUGAGGCGCGCCUUGUGUAUUUUUAAGCCAUUUAAAGGAGACAAAUAGCCCAAGCCAGACUCGUAUCCCUUAUUUGACUCAAACGAACAGAGCCGUAGCCCCUUUCGACCCUUCGAAGCCCUUCGUGAGUUCGUUUGCGAGCCUUUGAACCAGCCGGAAGCCUUCGCGACUUCGUCUUCGAGCUUCGACCAGGAUCGUGAGUUCAUCUUCGACAUUUUGAAGAAGCACGACCUGCGCAACUUCGUUUCGAACCAGCCGGAGCCCUCGCGAGUUCAUCUGACUGCCUUCGAGCACGACGUGAGUUCGUCACGUUGCCUUCAACACUUCGAACCUUUGUAAGUCUUCUUCUUCUUCUUCUUCUGCUGCUGCUGCUGCUGCUUGCGUCCCGCUGCCUGCUGCUUCUCUUCUCUUCUUCUUCUUCUGCUGCUGCUUCUUCUUCUUCUUCUUCUUCUUCUUCUUCUUCUUCUUCCUGCUGCAUGCUUGCUGCGUGCUGCUGACUGCUGACUGCUGCCUGCUUUUUUUCUUCUUCUUCUUCUUCUUUAUAUGUAAGCUUACUGUUUUUUAAUUUAUAAUAUUUAGUUUAAUUAAUGUAAGCUUAUAAAUUAUAACUAAUAACAUAAUAUUUAUUUUUUUCACAGAAAUUUAGCUACUGUUUUUUAAUUUAUAAUAUUAAGUUCAAUUAAUGUAAGCUUACAAUUUAUAACUAAUACAUAAUAUGUAUAUUUUUUUACAGAAAUUUAGCUACUGUUUUUUAAUUUAUAAUAUUAAGUUUAAUUAAUGUAAGCUUACAAAUUAUAACUAAUACAUAAUAUUUAUUUUUUUUACAGAAAUUUAGCUACUGUUUUUUAAUUUAUAAUAUUUAGUUUAAUUAAUGUAAGUUUAUAAAUUAUAACUAAUACAUAAUAUUUAUUCUUUUUAUUGAAAUUUAGGUACUGUUUUUUAAUUUGUUUGGAAAUGCAUUAUGUAAGUCUUAAAUUAUAAAUAUAUGAUGCAUUGUUUUUUCAGUUAGGAUACGGGAUACCAAGUUUAAAAUCUUAAAUGAAUUCUAGUUCUGGAUGUGAGGCCUCGUCAAAGAAAGAUCCUGCAUGGAAGUAUGCACAUUUGGAGGAUAAAAAAAAUAGAAAUAAUUUGACUUGCAAUUUUUGUGCUAAAGUCACAAGGGGAGGAAUAUUUCGAGCAAAACAACACAUUGUCGGAGGAUUUCGAAAUGUGAAAGAAUGCUCUAAGUGCCCUACUCAUAUACGUGAGGAGAUUAAAGAGUAUAUGUUGAAGAAAGAUAUGGAAAAGGAGGAAAAUGAGUUAUUGCCCGACUUUGAUGAUAUAGAUCAUUACGGUGAAGAUGAAGAAGAUGAAGUUCAAGAAAUUGACAUUCGUGGCAAGAGAGUGUUUACUAGUGAUGGAAGUAAAAGAUCAUACCAAUCCAACUUGAAGAAACCAAAACAGAAGGGGCCUAUAGACUUGUUUUUUACUCCCGAUCCAAAGAAAGCGAUUCAAGCUAGGAAAGAAGGGAAGAUGAAGCAAACAUCAAUAAAUGAAGCGUGCAAAAAAGAACUUAGAAAAAAGGCAAUGGGAGAUUUUGCUAGGUGGAUGUAUGAUGCUGGGAUACCAUUUAAUGCUGUACGUUUGAGCAGCUUUGCAGUGGCACUUGAAUCGAUUGGACAAUAUGGUCCUGGAAUAAAGCCACUUAGCUAUCAUGAAGUGAGAGUUCCUUACCUAAAGGAGGAAGUCAGUCGAAUGAAAGAGUUGUUGAAGGUCCAUAAGGAGGAAUGGACAAAAUAUGGCUGCUCAAUUAUGUCUGAUGGUUGGAGAGAUUUAGUUGCUAAUAAGGACAUAAUCAACUUUUUAGUAAACUCUCCAAGGGGAUCAGUAUUCAUCAAGUCUAUUGAUGCUUCUAAUAUUGUCAAGAAUGCAGAUAGAAUGUAUAGAUUACUUGAUGAGAUGGUCGAAGAAAUUGGAGAAUCAAAUGUGAUUCAAGUGGUAACUGACAAUGCGUCAAACUAUGUUGCAGCAGGGAGAUUGUUGGAAGCAAAGAGGCCACAUUUAUAUUGGACACCGUGUGCUGCUCAUUGCAUUGAUUUAAUUUUGGAGGAUAUUGGGAAGAUGCCUUCAAUUCAUGCAACUUUGAAAAGGGCAAUUUUUUUGAAUGGCAAUAUCUAUAAUCGUGUUGGCGUUGUCAACUUGAUGAGACAAUUCACUGGAGGAAAGGAGUUGCUAAGACCUGCAGUUACAAGAUUUGCAACUGCCUUCAUCACUCUUCGUUCAAUCCAUCUUCAAAAGAAUAACUUGAGGAAGAUGUUUACUUCUGAAGAUUGGAAUACUACUAAAUGGGCAAAGGAGGCGGCUGGCAAAAGAGCAGCUACUAUUGUUUUGAUGCCUACUUUUUGGAGUACCAUCGUCUAUGCUCUUAAGUUAACAGGUCCACUUGUUCGUGUACUCCAUUUGGUUGAUAGGGAAAAGAAGCCUGCAAUGGGAUAUAUUUAUGAAGCAAUGGAUAGGGCUAAGGAAGCCAUAGCUAAGGCUUUUGGUGAGAGAGAGGAUAAAUUCAAGGAGGCAUUUGAAAUUAUUGAUACGAGGUGGGGAUGCCAACUCCAUCAACCGUUGCAUGCAGCUGCACACUACUUGAAUCCAGAAUUUUUCUAUUCAAACCCCAACAUUUUGCAAGAUGAAGAAAUUAUGACGGGUUUGUACAAAUGUGUUGGAAGGUUAGUGCCAACUAUUGAAAUGCAAGAUAAAGUUUCAAAUGAGUUGGAAAAAUACAAUGCCGCUAGUGGCGUCUUUGGAAUUAGUUUGGCAGUGAGACAAAGGAAGACAAAAGCACCAGCGCAAUGGUGGAUGGCAUAUGGAUCAACAACUCCAAACUUGCAAAAGUUUGCUGUGAAAAUUCUUAGCCUCACGUGUAGUGCUACCGGCUGCGAAAGAAAUUGGAGCAUAUUCCAACAUCUUCAUAGCAAAAGGAGAAAUAGGCUAUCCCAGCAACGCUUGAAUGAUUUGGUAUUUGUGAAAUAUAAUCGAACUUUGAGGCGUCGAUACGACAAACGUGACACCAUUGAUCCCAUCCUCCUGAAGGACAUUGAUGAUAGUAAUGAGUGGUUGAUUGGUAGGAUGGAUGGUGAUUCUGAUGAGGAUGAUGAACUUGUGUUUGAAGAUGAUAAUUUGACUUGGGAUUCUGUUGCUAGAGCCGCUGGACUAAAUAACCCCCCGCAUCACACUAGAUCAAGAAUAAGUACAAAUAUGCCAUCAUCGUCUAAAGGAAGAGAAAGGGCUUCAUCUAGUAGUGCAACCACUGCUAGGGGUCGGACCACAAUGUUGGAACUUGUAGAUGAGGAUGAAAUCCAAGUGGAUAGUGUAGAGGAGACGGAAGAGGAAAAAGAUGUUGGAGAAAACAGUUCUAAUGAUGAAGAGGAAGAUGAUGAUAUCUUCACCGACCUAGUUGAUGAUGAGUGAUGAGUGAUGAUUGAGGAGGAUUUUUAGAUUUUAUAUUUUGAAAUCUUUUAUUGUACUCUUUUCUUUUGAUGUUGAACUAUGUUGAAUUGUUGAGGCUUUUGGGCUUUGUCUUGGCAAUUUUAUUAAAUUUCCAAUUUUUUUAUUGAAUGUUUUGACAUUUUAAAUUCUAAUAUGACUAGAUAUUCAUAUGUUCAUAUAUAAAUUACCCCAAAUAGAUAUUUUACACCAUUUUAAUAAUUGUGCGCCUCACCUUCGUGAGGCGCGCGCCUUCGCCUCGCGCCUCGCGCCUCGGCUUCAAAGACCCUUUGCGCCUCGGCUCGCCUCGCGCCUCUGACUACUAUGGUUAUAAGUUCUUCCCAUGUUCAAGUCUAUUUCCUGUUUUGUUAUUUUACAUGUCUAUUAAUAAAGCAUAUUGAGACUUCUU